AAGUAAACUAGGCAGUAAGUGAGCCAGUACCUUCGAAGACAUAAAACACUGUAGUCAGGUUGACCUCCGACUAAAAAAAAUCGCGAUUCCUUUACGUUUCUAUCGUUUAAGACUAUUUAGUGUGUGAAACAUUAAAGCAACAUUUAAACGAACGUAUUGUGAAAGUGAACCAUCACCGAACUUAACUGGGAAUCUCUUUUUUUGUCCUAACAGGAAGAUACGUAGAUAUGAAUAGAUUCAAACGAUGGUUUUGGCCGUUGUUAUUACUCCUAAUAUCGUUAUGUCAAACCACAUGGUCCAUACAAUUCACCCCUUUGGAUGUAACAACGGGGGUUGAUAGUACAGAUUGUGCCCUAGUCUUAGACUCCCUCGGGACAAGUGACGCUUACGAUUACACUUAUAAUUUGCUGAGAGGAACCCCGCUUAACUACAACAACCCCCGGACAUGUAUAACGUACGGGGCUGUUAAUGCAGCCUAUCUUGAUGCCAGAAAAAGAAUUCAUGUGGCCCAACCCCUGGGUGACUGGGCACCAGAACAAUUGGCAACCGUAGGGGAACUACUCCUGGAUAUUUCCACCAAUUUGGCGAGGACGUACGGACUCAGUUACGAGGAUAUAGAAAAGAAACUACCCCUAAUCGACACCUCCAAGACCCUAAUUCGUGACGUGUGCCCCGCCUAUUUAUCCAACGUUGAAUGUAGACCAGGAAAAUACAGAAGAUUCGAUGGUCUUUGUAAUAAUCUGCAGCACCCCACGUGGGGUGCCACAAACACCCCAUUUACUAGACUAAUAGGUCCAUUAUUUGCCGAUGGUAUGUCUGCACCCCGUAUAAGUGUAACAGGUGGUCAACUACCCCUGUCUCGCGUGGUUUCACGCACAAUGCAUCCCGACGAGGGUUACCACGACCACGCGGGUACCGUCAUGGUCAUUGCCUGGGGACAAUUCAUGGAUCACGACUUCACAUUAACCGGAACCCCUUUGGACCCCUUGAACCGAAACGACCCGGAAGAAUGCUGUAAUAGGCCUUAUCAUCUCAAGAACCCCUAUUGUAACGAGAUCCCCAUACCUGAAGACGAUUACUUUUACAGACUAUUCAAUGUCAAGUGUUUAGAUUUUGUAAGAGCUUUGCCAGCUGUAAGACCAGGGUGCAGAUUAGGUUCGAGGACACCAUUUAACACCCUUACAGGAGUCAUUGAUGGGAACACAGUCUAUGGCAUCACCGAAAAGUUUGCAAGAAAACUACGAACAGGAUACGGAGGUUUAUUAAGGAUGAAUCCUUCCUUCAACCAAUAUGGUUUGAAGGAUUUGCUUCCCCUAAAACUGGACAUUCCAGACGAGGGCUGUACAAGACCAAAUGCAACAAUGUACUGCUUUGAAGCGGGGGAAAUUCGGGUCAACGAACAACUAAUCUUGACCUGCAUGCACACGUUAAUGGCUAGAGAACACAACAGGAUAGCGAAAGGCUUGGCGGAAAUUAACCCCCAUUGGGACGAUGAAAUCCUAUUCCAAGAAGCCAGAAGGAUUGUAAUAGCGGAGAUACAACAUGUUACCUACAACGAAUUUUUGCCAAUACUUUUGGGCAAAGAUGUGAUGCAAAAAUUUGGACUUCUUUUACAAAAAGAUGGCUAUUGGGACGGUUAUGAUCCCUCUGUAAACCCAGGGAUUAUCGAUGCUUUCUCGGCUGCAGCCUUCAGGUUCGGCCACUCCCUCCUCCCAACGGCUGUAGAAAGAUGGAGCAAAGCCCACAAAUUUAUAGCUUCCAAGCGUUUGUCCGAUUUAAUUCGAAGACCUUUCGACCUGUACAGGCCAGGAAUUCUGGACGAAUACUUUAUGGGUCUAAUGAACCAAGUGGCCCAAGCCAUGGACGAUUCAAUAACCCAAGAGGUCACCAACCACCUGUUCAAAAAAGCUGGAGCGAGGUUCGGCUUGGACCUGGUCAGUUUCAACAUGCAAAGGGGAAGAGAGUUUGGAAUCCCAGGGUACAUGGAGUUUAGGAAGUUCUGCGGCUUGCCAGAAGCGCACAGUUUUGACGACCUUUUCAGCGCCAUGCCCAACGAAACCGUUAGGAAAUAUACCACUAUAUUUGAACAUCCAAAUGACGUAGAUCUAUGGUCAGGGGGGGUGUCGGAAAGACCUUUGCCGGGGAGUAUGCUGGGGCCAACGUUUGCGUGUAUCAUUGCAACCCAAUUGAGUUAUUCGAGACGGGGGGACAGAUUUUGGUACGAACUGCCCAAUCAGCCCUCGUCGUUCACCCCCGAACAGCUCCAAGAAGUACGUAAAACGCGACUGGCUCGACUCAUUUGCGAUAACACGGACCUCAUAGACUCGAUUCAGUUGUACCCAAUGGUACUCCCCGAUCACGAAAUAAACCCCCGAGUGCCGUGUAAGAGUGGCGUCAUGCCCACCAUGGACCUUACUAAAUGGGCCGAUUUCCAAACGGGAUCAAAUCAUUUAAACGCCUUUUCGAACGGUUUUAAUUACGACUCUCUAUUAGGGAAAUAAAAAGGAACAUCAGAUAAGGAUAAAGUUCCCUUUACGUAUUAGUCAAACGAAACCUAAGGACAAGAUCUUUUUUUCACAAAGCUUAAGUUGCCAUCGAAAUUAGAACGUACUGUAUAACAUUUCUCGUCGUUUAAUGUCAUAACAAUUACGUUUCAUUUUAAGCACGUAUAUUGAAGAACUUUUUAUCAGUUUUUAUUUACCUUUAAGAAUUCUACCUCUCAUACACUCAGUACAUACAGUUCAAAUAAAUAAUUAAUAAUCAUUGUCCUAUUUGAAAGCAAACUCGUGUAUGUAUAUAUACACAAGCCACAACAAAAUCUUUACCUAUUAAUUAAUUAAAUAAUUAAUUAUUACUUCAUCCCACAAUCAGACAUUUGUAAAUGUAAAUAAAAGAAUUAAUUUAUUACUAAGCCUGCAUCUUAGUCGUAAAAGUGCAUUGUGUGAAUGGAUAAGAAAAUAAUAAAUGUUUUUUGUAUAUAUUUUUCAUUUUUGUAACGUGAAUUUCAUAAAUAUAAAAGUUUCACAAGUAGUUGAGAAGUUUUGAAUUCAAAUUCAAACCCUAACAAUACGUAGGCCACCCAUCAUACACUAAAACUAACUACUACUACCACCUACGCGCCCUCUACAAGCCAGACGCCAAACCAAACUGAUACAUAAAAAACGAAAGUAACACAAAACGAAAUUAAAAAGU